GACUCGUCAGCUAUAGGGUCCACGGGGGUUGGUGAACCAACAUUUGUGGGGUCUAGUCUUUGUGUUGUCCGGCCACGUGUUGAUUCUUAGCCUAUGAUAUGCAACUAUAGUUUCGCCGGCUCGGAUCAACUGUAAAUACUUCCUAGUUCUCAUUUUCAUGCAAAUUUCUUAGUUUUGACGGCCUGAUCAACUAUAUGUUUUAUGAACAUAUUAUACCAACCGGAUUAGAAAACACCAUCUAGAUGUAGUUAAUUAACUAGCUACAUGUGACACCAUUAUUAACCAAUAAAGGGUAAAGAACACACUAAUUUUGUACCCAAAAAAAAAAAGAACACAUUAAUUCUCAAAUUGAGUGAAAAUACGCCUAGACGAAAACUGGAUUAUUUGUUGGGAGUUGGGACAUAAUUAUUUAACAAUGGUCGAUCGCUUAUUAUAAGUAGGGCAAUAAAGUAUGCAAGAAAAUAAGAUAUAAAAGGUGAACAAAAUAGAAUCUAAAAGUUUAUUGGAAACGGUCACAAUAAAGAUUAUGUUUAUGUAGUACGGUCAACAAUUACAGUUAAAAAUUGAUAGAUCGUUUUAGACCAUAGAAUUCAUCAUCCUUUUUUGAUCAGAGGUUCUUGAAUACCACAAUUUCGGAAAGGGUUGGCACUUGUGGAGACCACUAGCCACACCAACAAAGAAAAAAAUGCCAGAUAUACAGAAGAUCAAUAGCAACUCACUAUAUUCUAAAACGAAUUUUCAGCAUAAAUAUUACGUCAUUGCCUACGAUAUUUUCUUCCUUUUAAUGAUAUACUAUGACUGCUAAUUAUAUCUACUGAUUAUGAUCAUUCUGAAGCAAAUUUUGAAUCCUUAAGAUAUAGUCACGUCUUUGAACUCUGUAACAAGAAAUAUCCAUGUGCCAGUAGGUCCGUUUCCUGCACAAUAAACAUCAAGAGUAUAUAAAGAACAACAUUGAUCAUUUAAUGCAAUAACUGAGAUAAGCUUUCUUGCAUCACAAGUAAUCAAUUCCUCUCUUGGGUUCUGGAGAGCUAAUCCGCCUCAAUGUAGAUGUAACUGCGUCUAUUAGCUACAUAUAUUUCCAUAUUCCCUGAAUGUUCUCAACUUCUCUAGCUAGUGGUCAACUAUAAUUCUAACCGACAUGAACAGAGGGUUUCUCUUACUAGUUUGGCAUCAUCUCUUGUUCUCCCAAAUGAUAACGUUACAUGACAUCACUCGAUCUCUAUCCAGCUAUUGUAAUAUGUCGCGAAGCUCUUCACUUGGAAGGCAAGCUAGAAACGUAACAAGUGGAUAGAGAUAAGGGUAAAACUGGAAUUCUGCUUCACGAGCUUGCUUCUCCAAUCGCUCUCGCCUCACUAAAUGGUCAACUACUUCCACUGCCGAUGAUUAAUUAUUGGUUCCUUCUUGUAACAAAACUGUUAUCGAUUGUGCCAUUGUGGAUAGCCUCUUCUCAUUUUAAUUUUACUUAAUUAAAAAAUCUCUGAUAAAACAGACGAGGAGAGCCAUUCUUUCUUUCUUUUUCCCUUUCCUUCGCUUUUUGUUAUUGAAAGAGGAGAACCACUCUCGUUUGAAUUUUUGUCUGUUUUCUUUCUUUUGUUGCAGCAGGAUAUUGAAAUUGGACAUCCUGAACCACAUCUUCCAUGGAUCAGGUCAAGACAAGGGUUUCUCCACUGGAGGCGUACAUGACAAGUAAACUCUUAAGGCAAUGUAAUACAAGUACCUCACGCCUAAGAGAACCGUUGCUGGAUGCAUGUUGAAGGAAAACUCAAAGCAAAUGGAGCAAGAAACUGAAAAAGUGGACAAGGAGAUUACAACAGUUUCGCCUGCGGCUCAACAUGUAGUCGGAGACAACAGUGACAUGCAGAGUGUAAAGGAAGAGGUGAAGAAGCAAUUUUGGCUCUCUGCUCCACUGAUCGGCGUGAGCCUCCUCCAAUACUCUCUUCAAGUCAUCUCCGUCAUGUUCGUUGGCCAUCUCGGCUCACUUCCUCUCUCCGCCGCAUCCAUAGCCACCUCCUUUGCCUCCGUCACCGGCUUCACUUUCCUGAUGGGUACAGCGAGCGCGUUGGAAACACUUUGUGGCCAAUCUUACGGAGCAAAGAUGUAUGGAAAGCUAGGCAUCUACAUGCAGAGAGCCAUGUUUGUUCUCCUCAUACUCUCCAUUCCUCUCUCCAUCAUUUGGACUUACACUGAGACCAUCCUUGUCUUCGUCCACCAAGACAAAUCCAUCGCCAACCUUGCAGGCUCAUACGCUCAAUACAUGAUCCCAAGCAUCUUCGCAUACGCUCUUCUUCAAUGCCUAAACAGGUUCUUGCAAACGCAAAACAAUGUGUUCCCUGUUUUUGUCUGCUCUGGAAUCACUACUUGUCUUCACGUGCUUCUCUGUUGGGUCUUGGUCUUGAAGACUGGUCUAGGACACAAGGGGGCUGCUCUUGCUAUCUCGGUCUCUUAUUGGCUCAACGUCAUUCUUCUCUCGUGCUACGUCAAGUUCUCAAGUUGUUGCUCACAAACAUGGACUGGUUUCUCCAUAGAGGCUCUUAGCCACAUCCCUGCUUUUAUGAAGCUUGGGUUUCCUUCCGCGGUUAUGGUCUGCUUAGAGCUAUGGUCGUUCGAGCUUCUGGUUCUCUUGUCAGGCCUACUUCCUAAUCCGGUUUUAGAAACUUCAACUCUUUCAAUCUGCCUUAAUACUUCAUUAACGCUCUGGAUGAUACCGGUUGGCCUUGGUGGUACUGCGAGCACAAGGAUUUCGAAUGAGUUAGGAGCAGGGAAUCCAAAAGGGGCAAAACUGGCUGUACGUGUUGUUGUAGCUAUAGUAAUCGUAGAGGGUAUUAUGAUGGGAUCAAUUUUGUUAGGUGUACGGAAUAAAUUGGGAUAUGCUUUCAGCAGCGAUCCAAAAGUCAUCAGUUAUGUAGCAUCAAUGAUACCAAUUGUCGCUGCAGGCAACUUCUUGGACGGAUUCCAAUGCGUUCUGUCAGGAGUUGCGAGAGGGUGUGGAUGGCAGAAGAUUGGAGCUUGUGUGAAUCUCGGCUCAUAUUAUCUAGUUGGAGCUCCCUUGGGGUUAUUACUAGGUUUCCAUUUACAUCUCGGUGGUCGGGGGCUAUGGCUGGGAAUUGUAACGGCUUUAGUUGUUCAAGUGAUGUCUCUUUCCAUCAUCACAUUAGUUACAAACUGGGAUCAAGAGGCCAUGAAAGCUAAAGACAGAGUUGGAUCUUCGAAUAAUGAGUUUAGAGAAGCUGAAGCAUCAAUCAUAUAGUAAUGGCUCAGAAAAUGUUUCGAUCUUUUUUGCAUUGUUCUGUUUCAAAUUGUAUUUUCUCGGUGAGUUGAAGCUUUCCACGGAUUUUGGUAAUGUAGUUUUUUUUUUUUUAUCAACGUAAUGUAGUUUUCAUGCCAUGAAAUUCAUGGUUGAAACUUAUACCGAGUGGAGAGUAGUUGUUUUUUCUUUUUUAAAAGAGAGUAAGUUGUUGGCAAAAGUUAAACGCAGGAAGACCAUCUCUAAACCAA